GCACAUCCCUGUGCAUCUUCUCAGACGCAGCAGCCCUUCUCUGCGGCAGCCGCGCCUCGCCAACCGGCGCAGUGCCGCAGGCUCGCCCGAGAGGCCGCUCACUGUCUCAGCCGCCGCUGCCUCGGGCCGCCCUGCGCGGACUGUGGGCUGCACCGACGCCACCUCCGAUCCUGUACGGUUGUGGGCGCCUCGGCGCGCCCUGUGCUCCGCAAUCCUGCGGCGGGCGGCAUGGGAUAAUGCGGCCAUGGUGCGCCGAGACCGCUUGCGCAGGAUGAGGGAGUGGUGGGUCCAAGUGGGGCUCCUGGCUGUGCCCUUGCUGGCUGCGUACCUGCACAUCCCACCCCCUCAGCUCUCCCCUGCUCUGCACUCAUGGAAGACUUCCGGCAAGUUUUUCACCUACAAGGGACUUCGCAUCUUUUAUCAAGACUCCGUUGGUGUGGUUGGAAGCCCUGAGAUAGUUGUGCUUUUACAUGGCUUUCCAACAUCCAGCUAUGAUUGGUACAAGAUCUGGGAAGGUCUGACCCUGAGGUUUCAUCGAGUGAUUGCCCUUGAUUUCUUAGGCUUUGGCUUCAGUGACAAACCGCGACCACAUCAGUACUCCAUAUUUGAGCAAGCCAGCAUUGUGGAGUCCCUCCUUCGGCACCUGGGGCUCCAGAACCGCAGAGUCAACCUGCUGUCUCAUGACUAUGGAGACAUUGUUGCUCAGGAGCUCCUGUACAGGUACAAGCAGAAUCGAUCUGGCCGGCUUACCAUAAAGAGUCUCUGCCUGUCAAAUGGAGGUAUCUUUCCUGAGACCCACCGUCCUCUCCUUCUUCAAAAGCUCCUCAAAGAUGGAGGCGUGCUUUCACCUAUCCUUACAAGGCUCAUGAACUUCUUCGUGUUCUCUCGAGGUCUGACUCCAGUCUUCGGACCGUACACUCGACCCUCUGAGAGUGAGCUAUGGGACAUGUGGGCUGGCAUCCGCAACAAUGACGGGAACUUGGUCAUCGACAGUCUUUUACAGUAUAUCAAUCAAAGAAAGAAAUUCAGAAGACGCUGGGUGGGAGCACUUGCUUCUGUGACCAUCCCUAUUCAUUUUAUCUAUGGGCCACUGGAUCCUAUAAACCCCUACCCGGAGUUUCUGGAGCUCUACAGGAAAACGCUGCCGCGGUCCACAGUGUCGAUUCUGGAUGACCACAUUAGCCACUACCCACAGCUAGAGGAUCCCAUGGGCUUCUUGAAUGCAUAUAUGGGCUUCAUCAACUCCUUCUGAGCUGUAAAGAGUAGCUUCCCUGUAUUAAUUACCUCCCCCAUUCUCGUACUUGUGUGUAUUCCACUUAGAAAUGCCCAAAAGAGGACCUGGCAAUCAAAUACUAUUCUUUCAUAAAAGUCCAUUUGAUUCACAUUGGUCAGCAAACUAUAGAAAGCAGGCAGCAGAAACUCUAAGGAUGGCAUGCUAAUCCACCUCUCAUUCUCUUAAGGCUUAAGGGUGACAAGAUACUCCUCCCCUCAUUCCUGUGACAUCUGACCAAGUGUAUGGACCUGCUGUUCAGUGUUAUUAGAAAAUUCUGAUGAAUAACACUUCUCAAUUAUGUAGAAAGACAGCACUGGACAUUCUUUUUCAAAAAAUACUUCAACCCCCCCCCC